GAGACUUUUGAAGACGGAAAAUGCCCAAAUCAAUUCGGUGAUCACGAUCACUUGCCGAACUUGGUAACAAGGAACAACUUGAUUGAAUUUCUGACUUGUCGACUAUCUGCAUCGGUCCCGCCAACGCUUUAAAAGAGAUGUAGUCAUCAUGAUGUGUUCCGCUGUUUUUCUUUUAGACCAAGCCUAUCAUCUUCUCUGAAAUGCCUCCUCGCAGGAAGAAGGUCAAGCAAGACAACCCGCGUCCAAACCUAGAUGCAACCCCAAGCAAUGUUCCCAAUUUGGAGAAAAGUAGACCAGCUGCAACGUCGGUGUCAAAGCUAGGAACAGGUCUCUCUGCACUUCCUGUAGAGCUACGUGACAUGAUCUUCGAGGAAGUCUUUCAAUCCUUGAGAGAUGUCACGAGGGAAGACGUCCUUAGGAACUCCCGGUCGCUACCCACCUCUUACGCUGAGAAAAGGGACAUGUUACGCUCAUUGUCACAGACGUGUCGCAGCUUGAGGCCACAAUUUAUCCCUCUUCUUUGGGAGAAUGUCGAAGCUUGUGUUACUCGCAAGGAGAACGGCACUUGGUACAAGGAGCUCGGCGAGAAACUCGAAAAUUUGAGUGACGGACUUGUCAAGUCACCGGAGCUUGCUCAACACGUCAGGACUCUAUCUGUUUCACUUACCAAGUACCAAACGAACUCAGUACUACCCGAAUUUGCGCACUGCCUCAAGCACCUACCGCACCUGCACACCCUCCAAAUUAUGCAUGCGAACUCUCAAAUUACGACUCCAUUGAAGAACGCAUUCCAGGGCAAUACAUAUCCUCAAAUCCGGACUAUCGCUCUCCCUGAUUGUGCGCAUAAUAUCCUCAGGUCAUGCCCGGACGUCAUCGAGGUCAUCUGUAAUGAAGGCGAUGGCGGGAAACUAGUCACAUCUAUAGGUGCUGCAUGUAAGAAGGUCGAAGUUGUGCAAGAUAUUUGGCCUCAGGAUGGUAUCGCCAAACGUUUGGUAAAGGCAGCUCCCCAACUCCGUGAGAUUGGACUGAACUGUUGCGCUUGUCGCCCUUCAGGUCCGAAUUGGCGUGACGUCUCACCUGAGGAGAUCCGCAAUCUUUCUGCGUUCAAUAACCUAGCUGUCUUAUCCAUCACUGUCGGUGCUGACGAUGCAGACAGUAGCGGUUUAGCUGCUACCAGACAAGAACACAUUGAAGCCGCUCGUGAGACUCUGAAGAAGACAAAGUUUGCUGGUCCUAAACGACUGUUGGUCAAUUAUAACUCUCAUGAUCGUGUUAACGACUUCUCGUUGGGACACUGGAAAAUUGUACGGACCGAGACUUUCAAUAUGUAGUCGAUCUUCAAGCUGCGGGUAGUGAGACCAAGGAAACAAUUGUUGAUUUCAUCUUUAUGGACGUUAUACAUACGAGGUGCUAAUAAGGAUACUCAAUUGACUUUAAUGAUUGUAUAAUUCAGCAUGAUUACCCAAAAGCGAAGGAACAAAAGGAAGGAGAAUACGAAGACAAUCUGCGCAACGUCCGCUAUAUAUGAUUUAAGAUCAGAAGUACAAACCAACCCAGCCUCUAGGAGACGAAACCGUCAAAGAAUCGCCACCAUCGGGGUUCCCAACCCAAGGCAACUCAGUCCCAUUUGUACGACCAUCCAAACCACCUCGUAAACCAGUAGCAGAAUAUGAUUUCGCAUCGAGUUUGACUUUGCCAUUGAACUCGGCUUGUUUAUACGUCAAGUACAGAUCGCCAUUUCGAGACGAACGGUGAGUGCUUUGGAUGGGACGAUGAGGUGAACCACUAUCGUUCUCGUAGAAAAUAUCUGUACGCCCUGCGCCAGUCGU